UGAGCUCCAUGUCAUUCUCGUGCAACAUGCUACUCGUCAACCAGAGCGCGACGCUGCUGCGCGCCGGCGGCGCAAAGCUCGGUACACUCAACGGCCUCGCGCAGAUGAGCUCGUCGGUGAUGCGCGCGCUCGGGCCCUACGCCGCCUCGGCGCUGUUCGCGUGGUCCGUCGAGAAGAACAUCCUGCACGGCAAGCUCGUCUGGCCCGUGCUCAGCGUCAUCGGCGUCCUCGCCAUCGUGGUCACCACGCAGAUCGAGGAUCUCGAGGCGCGCAUACGCAACGAGGAGGGAGAACGUCAUGCGCAAGUGCUGGCGCAGCGAUGAGCGUCUUAAAAAGAUAUAAUAGAAGCGUCGUGUCACGUCUGCGCAUGCAUGCUAUACUAUCCAGUGCUCCAUUCCUCGCGACACACAGCCCGCCCGCACGCCAAACAAUGCACCUUGCUCAUUAACCCUGCACGAUAGAUACGCGUAUGCAUUCCUCUUCCCACCCCAUAGCCUGUGCGCACUACCCAGCCUGGCAGGCGAGGGGGCGGUAUAUAACGAGA